AUGUCAAAUUCGAGUUUAUGCAGUUAUGGAAGUUUGGCGCGUGUGUAUCUCGAAGAUGACGAAUGGAUAGACGAUGAGUCAUUCAGCAAGACUUGUUUCAGGCGGAUUCGAAAAAAACCGUAUCGAGCCGACAAGGAUCUAUUGCUUGCAUUAGGAAAGUCUUAUCUUGUUAUUUUUCGUCGAAAAUCGCCACGAACGCGAUCGUGUGUGUGUAUGUCCCCAUCAGAACUUUCUUCAAAAAGCAGUGUGGAGCAACGACAAGCAAGCGAAUUUCAGUGUCCUCACGUACAUUCGUUUGACGAUUACGAACAGUGGGCAGUUAUUGAGUACUCGGCUAUCAUACAGGUGCAGCUUACCAUUAACAAUUCGAAUCAAAAUGAGAACGUAUGUGCAAAACCCAAAGAUUUGAUUAUGGUGGUAAGGGACAGCAGUAAUUUGUGGCUCGAUUUUGAGCACAAUCUUAAUCGAGAUUUUUUUAUCGACGCCCUAAAGACUGCAUCUGCACCGCACGUGAUUAUUGAUUUCGAUUGUAGUGACCAUGACAAGUCAGUCGAAGGUAGAAAAGGUCUCAAAGUGUCCUUGCAAGAUGGCGUUGCUGACGUUUCAAAUCGAAAAACAACUUCACGAAUGGUCUUUGAUUUUCAGCGAGCAGCUUCUCGCUUGGCAGUGAUGCUUGCGGUCGAAAUUGAUGAUGGGGACCUUGACGUGGCACUGUACGGUGACAUAGAACAUGAAGUUAAUCUUCCCAUUCAAACUCUUUCCAGUGCUUACACCGGGCCAAAUCAGCCUAUCUCUGAUUUUAAUUUUAAACGAGAAGCUUUACGAAAGGCCAUUGAAAACAAAGCUCAAUUAGCACUUCAAAUUGCAAGUGAAAUUGAUCUACACAGCCCGCAAUGCCAUUUUAUUCUUGGCACAGCAAUGGAAUUGUCGUGUGUUCUUGACGAACCAGAUUUGUACACUCUCACGUGGCUUGUUAGUGGAUUUAUCAAUCUACAACGUUCGAAUUCGUCCACCAAAUCUAGCCCAACACGGUUAGCGCAGACGCAACUAGAGUAUGCGAUCAAAAUGGCUCGUGAAAAUUCAUUACGACAUUUGCUAGCUCUGGCAUUGGCAUGCUGUAGUGAUCUGCAUCGCCUUAGUACCCGAGAUAUGCCUACAGCAAGAAGUCUUCUCAUUGACGCCGCAAAAUUGAUGCCAAUGAAUGCUCUCAAUCUUGUCAGUAAGAUGCAACUUCAUCAUAAAAUACAUCAGCUUGGCAUCACUAAAUUUCGACCUGGAGACGGCGAAAGACAAGACAAGAAUAUUUUUGAUCUUUGGAAAGCUAUGUUUAUUGCCAUGUCUAAACCAGCACCCAUACAGAGUGAAGUACCUACUUCCCUGCUGUUACGUCCUUUGGUAAAAACCAGGACAGAGCGUUUUCGCCGUUGCUUUGUGCAAAUUUUCGCUGUGUCCGGUGCUGGAUUCACAACUGGACCUCACCAGAUUUUGCGUGUGUAUUUGACCGAGCAGUUGACAUUUGAAUGGCUUCGGCAAGAGGUUAUCGAACGUUGUAAUAUCAUCCCAUUGUACGAACAUGUUAAUGGAAAAAACUGUGCAGCGAGUGCACAAGUUCUUGGGUUUUACGACUCGAUGACAAAAAACAAAUCCAUAAUUUCGUGGAAUGCGGAUAUUCUCGAUGUGGUUCGCAUGGACUGGCACAUUAUUCGCGCUGUGGUCAUGAAACAAAAUUUGACAUCUAAAUCUAACUCACUAAGUUCACCACCAGUUCUUGUGCGAUGCUUCAAAUGCCGCAACCAGAUGCAUUUAACGGAAGUGGAUGCACAUUCUGGCUCUUGCCAAGCACUGUCAGAUACACGUCUGUCGAAUCAAUUCGACACUUGA